AUGGCACUACCAAGAGCAGUGCAAAAUGUCAAACGGGCCAGUCGAAGUUCCCUUGGUGGGGAUAAUGGGGAGUUCUACCUUGAGUGUAAAGCUGCUUACCUGUCUAUUUAUGACAAUAUCAAGGAUGAGAUUGAUUCAUUGGAGGACCUCAUCCAAGUUUUACAGCAGGCCGGUAGAAAUCCAUCAAAAAGAGUCUUGUCUAAAUACUGGAAAUCUGAUACAGACCACUUGACAUUUGAUGAUUUUGUCGACAUCUGUAAAAAGGAAAAGGCCACCACUGCUGACGACUUAAUGAAAGCAUUCAGAAAGAUAGACAUUAAUGGAGAUGGAUAUAUUUCCCUGGAGGAGCUGUACAAAAUCAUGACUACUAAAGGUGAAAAGAUGAGUCGUUCAGAAGUAAAAAAGAUGAUUGAUGAAGUGGAUGAAAAUAAAGAUGGUCGUCUGGAUUAUGGGGAGUUCCACUACCCUGAGUUUUGCAAGAUGAUCAUGGAAACAACAGAGGAAUGUAAGAAGGCAUCUCGGAAGAUCAUGGAGAAAAAAGAACAAAAAAGAAGGAAGGAAGAGCUGACCAAAACAAGUGAUUCUAGGUCAGGUUCCCAGAUAUCCGUUAAAUCUGCUGCGUCCGUAAAAAGUAAGAGCCCUCUACAGUUUCACUGGUGUGGCAUCACAAUUUCGCACAUCCCCCAUCCAUUUUGCUCAUACAUCUAA